AUGCCACACGCAGAAACUACCGGCGCAGCGCCUCCUCCCACCAUCGCCGGCGUCCACCUACACGUAAACGAUGACCUUCUCGCCCCCAACGAAGUAGAGACACUCAUACCCUCUUACCCGACGGAAGACCUUGACAUCCUUCGUCAGCGCUACCGUGAAAACGGCUAUCUCCUUCUCAAGGGACUCCUACCACGUGAAGACGUUCUCUCUGCCAGAGAAUCAUACUUCAAAUCCCUCGAACCCUCAGGCGUCAUCAAGCCCGGCACAUCUCCGAGAGACGGCAUCUUUGACGACGCAAAGUCGCCCGGAGAUUAUCCCGGCAUCGGCGCCGGAAGCGUAAAGAACUCGCGACCGGGCGAGACAGACAAAUCUGCCUUCUUCGCGGACGCUGCACUGAAAGCACACACGGAGGACUGGUACGCUGGUUCCGAAGACGGAAAGGUCCAGGGGUUCUGCAACCACCCCGUCCUCCGUGACUUUGUCGCAAAGUUCAGCGGCUGGGGCGACAACACGCUCACCGUCAAGAGAACGCUUCUCAGAAACAACACCCCUGGUAACAAAGCUAUCGGUGUGCACUACGAUCAGUCUUUUAUGCGCUACGGAGAGCCGACGUCCGUGACGGCGUGGGUUCCCAUUGGCGAUGUCAGACUCGAGGGCGGAGGGUUGAUUUACAUGCAAGACGGCGAGAAGCUGGGUGAGGAGAUUGAGCGGGAUUUCAUGGCGCAGGCCAAGGCCAAGGGGAUGAACGACGAAGAGACGAGGAACGCGUUCAACGCGAAUAUGAUGAGCACGGGAUUCCUGUGUGAAGGGCCGGCGGACUUUGGCCGAAGGUAUGGGAAGAAGUGGCUCGUGAGUGCAUACGAAGCUGGUGUUGUCGUAUUUCAUUCUGCGCACAUGGUCCAUGCUUCAACGAAAAAUUACGACCCUGAAGGCCGUAUCAGGCUGGGAACUGACCUGCGCUUCGUCGACAGCAGUCGGCCUUGGGAUACUCGAUGGGACAAACACUACAGCUUUAACGAUGGCUUGUGA